AUGACCCUGCCCAACCGCUCGGGCUACGUCGUGGCCGGUGGUGGUCGGCCUCCUACUCAGCAACAUCAACAGUCGGCGGCCGCCGUGCACCACCAGCAACAGCAACAGCUCUCGGCGGCGCAUCAACAACAACUCCGACAGCAGCAACAGCAACACCACCAACAGAUGAUGAUGCCCUCGCUUCCGCCGGUGGGGGCCUACACGGCCGGCCGCACAUCGUCGGGCAUCCUCGAGCAUCCAUCCUCCUCGCCUUCGUCGUCGCCGGCCUCCUUCCAGUUGCCCGGCGGCGGGAUGCUUCCAGGUGGUCUGCCCCUCCAUCUUCAGCAGCAGCAACAUCAGAUCCCGAGCCUUCACCAUCUUCAACAGCAGCAGCCGCCCCAUUUGAUGUAUCCGGACGACCUCCGCUACGGCCUCCAUCCUUCGUCUGGCCUCCAUCAUCUUCCGUUCUCCGCGCCCCCUCUCUCCGCCUCUUCGAUGCAGCAGCAACAGCAACCCUCUUCUUCCUCGACUACCUCUUCAUCUUCUGUCAUGCCGCCGAUGUCGGCCACCAUCACAAUCGCGCCUUCGCUCUCGCCCUCCGUCAUCGACGCCUCGAUCGAGCAGCUCUUCCCUCUGAGCGGCAAGGCCUCGACGUCGACCAAGGAGACCCACGGCUCCAUCCUCGACACCGAGCUCGCCGGCAUUAUCAACAACGUCGAGAUGAUCGAAUCUUCGGGAGCCGGAUCGAACAUGGAGGAGACCAAGGUCAAGCUGGAGACCAACCCGCUCCACCCGAUGAUGCUCGUCCAGUCCAUCCUCCAUCUCGCCUCCAUCGUCGCCUCGCCCCCCUCCCCCGCCUCGCCAUCCACCUCGUCGCCUCUUGGCACCCCGCGGAGCAGCGGCACCGGCACCGGCCUGAGCGACUGGUCGCUCGACGGCUUCUGCAAAUCGCAGGGCAUCAAUCUCAGCUCGACGCCCAAGACGAGCAAGGGCGAGGAGUUCAUCCACAAGGUGAAGAAGCUCCAGGAGGCCUACGAGGUCGAGCUGGGCCAGCUCAACCUGGUGGCUGACCAGUACGCCUCGCACGUCAUGUCCCUCCUCAAGGCCCAGGCCGCCACCCGUCCCAUCACCGACAAGGAGCAGUCCAUGAAGCUCGCCGUCCUCCAGGAGCGCUUCGACUACCUUCGCACUCAGCUCAGACAGAGCGUGUGCAAUGCGAUCGUUCUUCUCCAGAAGCACUACAACCAAGUGAAGAAGAAGAGGAGGAGCUUGAACAAGAAGGCCACCGAAGUGCUCAACACCUGGUUCUUCAACCACCUGAACGACCCCUACCCGAGCGACGAAGAGAAGAUGAUGCUGGCCUCGCACUGCGGCCUCACGCUCAACCAGGUGAACAACUGGUUCGGCAACAAGCGCAUCCGCUAUAAGAGGAAGUGUCUCGAGGAGGAGGCCAAGCGUGGCAAGGCCAUCCAGCAGCACAUGGAAGAGCUGGGCCAGCCGCAGGAAGGCAGCGGCGGUGGCAGCGGCAGCGAAGGCGCCCUCCAGUCCUCUCAGCACUACGCGCAGUACGAGCCGAUGGCCGCCGGACCCGCCGGCGUCGAACUCGACUCAGGCACAACUCAGUACUACAUCUAA